AUGCUCUACCAGCGAUUCUCCCGCGGGGCAACCCGAUUGACCUCCCAGCUCCGCUCGCCGGCCAUCCGCUCGACCGUCCAGCGACGAUUCAACUCCACCGUCGAGAACGAGUUUGUCAAGGAGCGACAGCACGCCAAGGACCACGCCGUCGGCACCACUGAUCUCUGGAAGAAGAUCUCCCUCUUUGCUUGCAUUCCCGCCCUCGUCCUCGCUAGCGCCAACGCCUACAAGCUCUGGAACGAGCAUUGGGAGCACUGGUCUCAUCUUCCUCCCUUGGAGGAGCGCACCGAGUACCCCUACCAGAACAUCCGCUCCAGGAACUUCAGCUGGGGUGAUGGCGACAAGACCCUCUUCUGGAACGACAAGGUCAACUACCACAACCACGACAAGGUCAAAUAA